GUAAUGGGAAGUGCAUGUACCACCUCACAACAGUCUAACGAACCUAUGGUUAGGAGCACUUGAGAGAAGAAUCUUAGAGGGCAAGCUUUUUUGGCCAAAGCUAACCGGAAGAUAUGUGUAGAAGGUAAAAUUAAGACAUGUCUUCCGGAAGCCCUUCAGAAGAAAAUGAAGAACUACAGUGUUAGUUAUAGGAUAAAAUAUGGAAAACAGCAAUUUAUUUGGGCGGAAAAUGCAACAAAUCUUGAAUAUGUUACAUUGCAGCCAUUUAAUCUAGAGUACCAGCUUAAUGCUGAAAAUCAGAAUAUGAAUGUAGUCAUAGAGUUCAAGCCAAAUAAGACCAAGAAGGAGAAACCUUCUGCUAUGAGUCCUAAGCAUGGCAACUUUUUAACAGAGUCUGAAGGGAAUAUGGUUAUAAUCAACCUUCAAGCUUAUUUUGACAUUCAUGAACUCUUAAUGCUCAAUGGAGAUUUUGGGGCACCUCCACAUCUGAAUGAUAAGGAGCUAACAGCUGCUAUCUUAAAUGAAGAAACAAAAGGAGACCCUCUUGCGAACCUUCAAUCCCCUGUGACUGUUUGACUGAAGGAAGUCAAGCCAGAUAACUUGAAGAAGAUCAGAUUCUCAGUGAAAGGAAGAUUUAACAAGAAGAAUAGAGUAAUGCUAACAAUCUAUGAACUAACAGACAGCGAGAAAAAGUUUAUCUAUGAAAGCAAGCCUGUAGCUGGUCCAAGUGCCAAAGAUCUCAGGCAGUUUGAAGUUAUAGAAAUUAACACAGAUGUUUUUGAAGGUGAAAAGAUUGCAUCAAAAGUGAUUGAAAUCGUUGCAAAGGAGGUGACUUAUGAUAAGAAAGGAGAAAAAGUCAAAGCUUUCGCAUCAGAAACCGUGAGAGUAAAGGACAUUAUCUCUAUGCUUGAGGGAGAGACUAUGAAACUGAACAUGAAGAAUCCUAGUAAUAAAACAGUGGCCCACAUCACCAUUAGUGAAGCUCUCAUUCAACCAUGUUUUUCUUUUCUAGAUUAUAAAGUACAUAGGGAAGUAAACGUGAUUCCGAUCAUUGCGAUAGAUUACUCGUUAUCAAAUCUUACAUUUGAUAACCAAAAAUGUAUUCAUUCUCUUAAGGAAGGAGCUAGUAAUGAUUACAUAAAUGUAAUUCAGCAUAUCACGAAUGCCUAUCAAAACAUUAGCUCUCAUAUGCUUGCAUUUGGUAUGGGAGCCAGGACAAUUCCUAAGAAGGGUGAUACUAGUAACUUAUUUGCACUUUCCGGUGAUAUCUUUAACCCUCAGAUCGAGAAGGAUAAGCUGUUUCAGAAUUAUGCAGAUACCCUGAAAAGGAUAGAGCUCUCAUUGCCCGUCAAUUACCAUGAUGUCUUAGAGACUGCUUCUGGAUACGCCAGAUAUGAAGCUGAAAAUUAUGAGGCAAGAAACUAUUUUGUCCUUAUCUACGUAUCUGUAGGUGUCAUUGACGAUUUCGAGGAUACCCUUAAUAGACUUAAGGAGAUCAGUGAUCUACCUCUCACAGUGAUCAUGAUCAAGGUUAGAAACAUGCAGACCGAAGACACUAAUGACCCUGCAGUCUUAAUUAAGGAAUGAGCCCAGAGUUUUGCUGCUUGUGAGAGAAAAUAUCUCGAAAUUAUCGACUUUGAGCAGUAUAAAAAGGAUGGAAAGUUUGAUGAGUUUGAAAACGAGUUGGUCAGCAACAUUCCACUCCAUGUUCAGAAGUAUAUGGCUAUCCACAACGUAUUUGCUCAUGACAUUGAAGGAGACGACCUUGGAUCCAGAAUGUCAAUUGCUAUUAAAAAGGAGCAAACAGUCAGAAAGCAAGGUGAGGAAUACAGUGAUGAAGUUAAAAGGAGACGAAGCAUGGUUAAUCUAAAGGAAUUUGCUCAGAAUUUAAAGCAGAAUGAUACUUUACAGGAUGUUGAGAGCAAAGCUAGCACUUCUAGACUUCAGAGUAGGGAAGACUCUGAAUUGGAAAUGACUGUUGAGCAGCUAGAUAUGGAAAGCCCGAAGGUUGCAGCUCCUAACCAAAAGAUUAAAGUCAGAAAUGAAGAAGAAAAGAUUUCAGAUAGUGAAGUCAAUACAAUAGAAGUCCCUAAGCAAUCUCAGCUUUUUUACACAACUGUUGUUGAAGAGAGGAAAGAUAGGGAUCUUUUCGAUAAAGUACCUUCCUUCUUUGAUGAGCUUGAAAGAAGAGAAGGAAAAGAUUGGUUUCCACCAAUGAGCAGACAUUCAUUCAGCGCUUGUUGAGAAGAACAAUUUAUCCUUAAUAUCCCACCUACAGUGAAUUUCCCUCGUGAAAAAUGAUUAAAGCUCAUUGACGAAGGGAAAAUGCUAGAAGCUAAUAACGCCAAUCUAGAGUACUUGAUCAAGAAAGAGGCAGGGCUCUUAGAUGACAAAAAGAAGAAGUAAACUCUAGCUGAGAUAGCA